AUGGCACUGGAGGCCGUGGUGCUUUCCCAGCAGCAGUCCCAGAAAGGCAGUCGCUUUGGGUGCGGUGCCAUGGCAGCAGGAGGGCCUUGGAGUGGCCUGUUGUUUAGUGGAAUGGAGGGGGUGGUGGAGAUGGGUGGCGCUGGCGGCGGCUGGGACGUGGCCGCGUGCUCACCGCCGCAGCUCCUGCGUGAGCUGGGUGACAACCCGGCUGCCCGCGCGCUGCCUGUGGCGUCCGGGAGGUGUGCGAGUGGCGGCACCGGUCAGGAUGCCCCGGCACUGGCUGUGACUGCGACAGCGGCGUCCGGGAGAAGGAAGCGGCGAAGGACGAGGCCGGUGAAGAACGAGGAGGAAGUGGAGAGCCAGCGGAUGAUCCACAUUGCCGUGGAGCGCAACCGCCGCAAGCAGAUGAACGAGUACCUCGCCUCGCUCCGCUCCCUCAUGCCGCCCGCCUACACGCAACGGGGCGAUCAGGCGUCCAUCGUCGGCGGCGCGAUCAACUUCGUCAAGGAGCUGGAGCAGCUGCUCCAGUCGCUGGAGGCGCAGAGGCGUUCCCGGCGGCGCCCUGCCGACGACGUCGAUCCCGACGACGCAGGGCCGUUCGCGGACUUCUUCACCUUUCCGCAGUACUCGAUGUGCGCUGUCGUCGCGGCCCCAGAGAACACCGACCACCGUGAGGGCGCCGGCUUAGAGGAGGAGUCGUCCGGGUCGAAGCCGUCGGCCGUGGCUGACGUGGAGGCGACCAUGGUGGAGAGCCACGCGAACCUUCGGGUGCUGUCCCGGCGCCGGCCGAGGCAGCUGCUGCGCCUGGUGCUGGGACUCCAGGGCCACCGCCUCACCGUGCUCCACCUCAACAUGAGCAGCGCCGGCCACAUGGUGCUCUACUCGUUUAGCCUCAAGGUGGAGGAUGAUUGCCAGCUUACCUCUGUGGAUGAGAUUGCAGCUGCGGCUCAUCAGAUCGUCGAGAAGAUCAAUGAAGAACAAGGCUGCAGCUUAGAAUACGAUCAAGCCCGUGCUUUCUUGCAUGCAACUUUUCUUUAG